AUGAUGCACGCGAGGCGCGUUGCCGUCUUCCUUGCUUUGGCAGCCUUAUUUAGCCUGUUGGUCUACUAUCGGUCGGCCAGUUCGGCCGUCACCAUCAACACGUUACGGGGCAGUGUUCCGCAAGUCAUUGGUCUGGGCGACUAUUUCCACGAUGAUGCCGAGGAGGAUGAUGGUACGAGUACGGGGCCAUGGAUGGAGGAGACUACCACGCCGCAGCCUCAGCCUCAACACCCUCACACCCCGAAACCCACGACAGACACAAACACCAGACUAGACGAGGUAGACUCGGAUGCCGUGUCAGUAUCUCCAAACACUCCGCGAAACUACACACGAAACCUAGUUAUGGCGCGGAUCAAAAAGGAAAAUGUCGACUGGCUCGACGAGGUUGAUCUUGGGCCCGAGAUCUCCAAGGUGGUCUAUGUGGCCGACGACCCGAAUGCGCCGCUGCACGUACCGAAAAACAAAGGGCACGAAGUGAUGAUUUAUUUGACCUACAUUCUCGAGCACUACGACAACCUACCGGACGUCAGCAUCUUUAUGCACGCGCAUCGCUACGCAUGGCACAACGACGACCUGUUGAACUUUGACGCGGCUGAGAUGAUCAAGCGGCUCAGCAACGAACGGGUCAUCAGAAAAGGGUACAUGAACCUCCGGUGCCACUGGAUGCCAGGUUGUCCCGAAUGGAUCCAUCCGGGCCAGAUCGAAGAAGAUACAGAAAAGCUGGAGCAGUCCCUGAUGGCGGAUGCCUGGGCAGAGUUGUUCCCGCUCAAGCCUAUCCCGCAGGUCCUGGCUCAACCGUGCUGUUCGCAGUUUGCCUUGAGUCGCGACCGCAUCCGGGAGUUGCCGCGCGAGCGGUAUGCACAUUUCCGCGACUGGCUGUUGCGGUCGCAGAUCAGGGAUUCCAUGAGCGGCAGGAUCUUCGAGUACCUGUGGCAGGAGAUCUUUACGGGCGAGAGCACCUUCUGUCCGAGUCAACGGACGUGCUAUUGCGAUGGGUUUGGGGUCUGUUUCGAGUCCGACGACGCCUUUGACAAAUGGUUCGAAAUCCGGUUCAAUAUGAAGGAGGCCGAAAAGGAGCUGCGCGAAUGGGAGCAGAUGGCCGAGGAAAUCGAGGGGUAUCGAAAACAUGGCAAGUUGCAAGGCAUCGAGGCCGGCGACCUCAAAGUGCCCGAGAUUGGCAGGAAGGAAGAAUUGCAGACCUUGAUCGCCGACCUCGAAGCUGACCUUGAGAAAAGAAGACUCGAGGCUCUUCAGAGAGGAACGAAUCCCAAAAUCCGAGCGGAGAGCGAUGGCCGUGCUUGGAAAGAAGGAGAUGGCUACUGA